AUGUCCCCGGGCAGCGGGGUGAAGAGCGAGUACAUGAAGCGCUACCGGGAGCCGCGCUGGGACGAGUACGCGCCGUGCUACCGCGAGCUGCUGCACUACCGCCUGGGCCGCCGGCUGCUGGAGCAGGCGCACGCGCCCUGGCUUUGGGACGACUGGGGUCCGGCAGGAACCUCGGACGACUCGGGGUCGUCGGGGUCGUCGGGCGCUGGGAGCCCCGCGCCCCGGUGCGCCCCGGCCUCGUCGCCACCGCCCGCGGAGCCCACGGUGCGGGAGGCGCCGGAACGGCGGGCCCGCGGGUCCCCCGAGGAGCCGGUCGCGGAGGUCGUGAAGGCCGGGGACGCAGAGGCCGGGGACGCGGAGGCCCGGGACGCGGAGGCCGGGGACACGGAGGACACGUCUGUGCCAGCAUUGCCAGUGAAAGACAUAGAAGAAAAGCCUGAACAAGAGAUCAGAACAAAAGAGACGGACAGAUUACCCCACGGCAUCAAACCUCGACAACAACCCAGUGCCUUGUUCUCCAGAGGAAACAGGAAAGCAGUCAGAAGUCCUCAAAGAUCAUCAAGUAAAAUAAAAGAAAAGAAGCAUCCAUUUGCCCUUUAUGGGUGGGGAGAGAAACAGAUGGAUACAGGAAGCCAGAAAACGCACAACGUCUGUGCAUCUGCUCCCAUGCACGAGAUCCACGAGUCAGCACUACGAGCCAAGAGCAGGAGGCAGGUGGAGAAGAGGAGGCUGGCUGCUCAGCGGCAGCGGGCUCACUCGGUGGACGUGGAGAAGAGCAGGAGGGUCAGGCCUUCCUCCUCGGAGAGCCCGUGGGUGACGGAGUACAUGCGAUGCUACUCGGCCAGAGCGUAGAGGGGGAGCCGCUGCUCGGACAGCCCCCUUUAGGGAGCAUCAAUAAAAGACGAACAAACCAACGACACAGAAAACCAUCAAAAGGAACUGGAUGCAGGUUUAAGAAACCACCCGAUCACGCGAGGUUUUUCUUAGGGAAUUUCCGGAAGAUGAUUGUCUUUUGGGGAGUCCUGGUCACCGGCCUCAGCAGCAGGGUGACACGAAGCCAUAGACAUUUGAGUUUAUGAAAAUAAUUCCCUAAAUCUUUGAUAUUCUUGUAAGGGUUUUGUUUAAAGCAUCUUAAUCUUUUACGAUAUCAACACCAAAUGCCUUUAAGUGGCUGUAGAUGCUUAACAUUCAGUAUCUUUUCCAGAAAUGUAGGCGGAGCCUAUUACAUCCAGUCCUCAGACACUUUCCAGUUCCAUAGCCAGUAAGAUCAUUCCAGCAGAAGACUCAUUUUUCCUUGUGUGCAGUUUUGUGAAAGAGUCUCCAGUCAGAAGCAAGUUUCAGCACUAACACAGAUGCCGUGUGUAGUGAAACUAGAACUUUGGUAGUUUCUGAGCAAUUGAACUUCAUUGUAUUCAGUUCAGCACUUCGUGUAGACUGAUAUUUAAGGAGUAUCUAGGCUGGGCGCGGGUCCGCUUUUCUCUCUGAAUCAUCAACCAGGCACCGUUUAACUGUUUAAUGGCUCAAAUGCAUUCCAGUGGGAAGAGCCUGUGCAGUUUGAGAGGGCUGCUGAUGUCCCCUUGGAGUGAGAGGCGGGCGUGUCCCUUUGUUCUCAACUGUGAGAUUGUUCCUCGAACACAUCGCAAGGAGCCGGCCACUUGCUGCGGGCUCCCCCACGCCGACCUGCGUCUCUUCUGUCCAGCUGGCAGUGGCACUUAGACCUUCCCGAAACUUCGUGGAAUAAAACGGAGGUUGUCUUGCUUGCCCUUUGGGGACGAGGGACUCUUAGUGAGAUGCCCAUUGGAGAUGUGGCUUCCCCACCCUCUCUGCUUUUUCUUCCACAGAACUCGCUCAUAGCAAAGCCUCGAUAUUGGGCACACUCAGGCUUCCGGCUGAAGUACACGCCUCGCCAGUAGGUCUCGUACAGAACCCAGUGCCAGAGGCUGGCUGGGUGUGGGAGCAGAUGUAGGCGUGUGUGUGAAUGAAGUGCUCCUUCUCUUAGUCCAUUGGCUUUGGGGACAGCACACGUAGUUCUGGGAAACACGGGUUUCCAUCCGGCGGAGAUGGGGAUCGACAGGAAGGAUGGCUGCUGAAUCCUGUGCCAGGGAGAGAGAGGCGUGGCCAGUGUGGCACCUGGAGGUGUGUGAAGGACAAGUUGGUGUCUGAUGUGAGGGUGAGUGUUUCCUUGACAUUUGUACUCUGGGUCUUUGAAGUAUUGUGAUCACGUUUUAGAACACACUUAUGUUUUAUUCCACAUGAAAUCUUCACAUAAUGUUAACUUACAACAGUGUUAAGCUUUGAAAACUCAUCCUGAAGAAUCAUGAGCUUUUUUAAAAAAAAAACACCUUUUAACUAUUUUGCGUCGUUUUAAGGUGAGUUAUUUUACAGAGAGCGCUGUCCUACUCACUGAGAUGUGUAUUUAAGAAGAAGAAGGUCUGUGUGUUGUCCAGAACCACCUUGCUAGUAAUCCUGGUGACUUAGACGGUUGCUUUUAAAGUCCUUCGACAUGGCGAGUACCUUAGAUCAGAACCACGUGCUGAUCGUGAACACUGCCCUUCCAGACCUUCCUGCGCGGUCGGGCUUAGCCAGGCCGCUCCAGCGUCCACGUUGCAUCUGACAAUCGGAGGGAGGGGAGCCUGCGAGGUGGCACAGGCCCCGCACGGACGACUGCCUUAGACACCCAGCUUCCUCUAGACGGACAGCCAGGCCCGCUGCUUCGGGAAACCGACUCGUAUUUCACGAGCUUGCUACUGAAAACUCCAGAUGGACGUCUGGAACAACCUAGAAGGCACCGUUGGCCAUUUCCACCCCCCUUUUUAAACACAGGACAAGUGAACCAGCUUUUUAAAGUACUUUCACCCUGCAUGGACAGUGACUAAGUUGACGUGAAUGAAUUGUGAGUCCCUUCCUGUGUCUAAGUCCUUAGGUUAGGAUUUCUUUUCUUUCUUUCUCUGUAGGGGUGAAAGUUCACUUUCGAGCCUAUGACAUUUUUUAAGUUGUAACAGUUUGAUGGUUUAGAAACUAACGUGGUUGUAAUCGUGUUCCCAAUUCUUGGGACAAGUUGCAAGACAACGAGAUCGUUUAAAAUUACCUUUCAUGUUGAAAAGUUGGAAACAGCUUGAGAAUCCAGUGAUAUUUAAAAUAUGGAAUAAAAUGAUUGCUACACAGGCUCUCUUUUCAAAAUGUUGGUUUCGAGCUCUUAAUUAAAACGAUUUGCCAAGUGUCUGUGUUACUUUUAUUAAGAGAAGAGACUACUGAUUGACAUUUGCACUCUGCUGGACCUAGGUGAAUGAGAAGUAAACAGGAAUUCUUUUUUAUUAUUAUUUUCUAAACCUAAAAGACUGCUCUCACUUGGUACCUCUGGUUGUGGUCACCACCCCUCCCAUAAAACUUCUAAGCACAUAGAAACAUUUCUAAGGUUUACUAAAGGUA